GACGUGAACUUACACGCAGCCAUCGUCCGCGUUGCGCCGCUUGGCCGUCGCACGGCACCGGUCGCCAACUUCCCAAGCUAUAUUCUACCCGCGCCGCCGACCUACACGGCCACGCGGACCCGGAAACCCCGGCUCCCGCCACGUCCCUCUUGGCCCUGCGCCGCCCGCCGCUUCCACCCUCCCCUCCCCGUCCGCCCACGCGGCAACCCCCUCGAUUGCCCCCCAGAAACCAGCCAAAACCCCGCAAAAACGCCCAUCCCGACGAGCCCAGCAACCUCCCAUCCACCCGCCAAGUUCCCAAACCAUGUCGCCGCUCGCGCGCAGCCUCGUGCCGCACCUCCUCCGCCCGCGCCGCGCCCGCGCCCUCCACACGAGCCCGCCCAGCGACCUGGGCGUGCUGGCCUGCCGUCUCGCCUCCCGGGCCGUAGUGCGCUUCGCGGGCCCCGAGGCGGCGCGCUUCCUCCACUCGCUCCUCACCAACGACCUCCUCUCCGCCUUCUCCGCCGACGCCUCGUCCACCCCGCAGCGGUACGCGCCCACGCCCAACGCGCCCGCGCGGGGACCCGCGGCGCCCGCCUACGCCGCGCUGCUCACGCCGCAGGGCCGGUUCCUCUACGACCUCUUCCUCUACCGGCCCCCGCCGCGGUCGCAGAUGCUCGACCGCACCGGCUCCGCGCCCGAGACCGGGGAGAGGCCUGAGGGGGAGACAGGGGAGGUGCUCGCGGAUGUCGACGCGGUGGAGGUUGAUGAGCUCAUCGCUUGCUUCAAGAGAUAUCGGUUGAGAUUCAAGGUUGAAAUAGAUAAUGUAAGUGAUGAUUUCGCAUGUUGGCAACGGUUUGGACGUGAUGUGGUGCAUACUGAACCUUCUACUCAAGAACCUGAGGCUCAAUCCAUUGGAUGGGGACAAGGUGUUGACCAUGCUGGUGAGUCAGCUGCACAAGGGGAUGAUCAUGGAUGGCAGUGGCUCAAAGAUCCUCGGUUAGACUACCUUGGUUACAGAGGAAUUUUUCCAGGUGAUACGAUACCACCAUUAGUUGAAUCCGACAAAGAAGCAGAUGAACGCCAUUAUCAGCUUUGGCGGAUAGAAAAUGGAGUUGCAGAAGGUUCAACUGAGAUCCCAAAAGGUGAAGCAAUCCCACUCGAGUACAAUCUUGCUGGCCUGGAUGCCAUUUCUUUUGAGAAGGGGUGCUACAUUGGGCAGGAGCUUAUUGCACGGACACACCAUCGUGGUGUCAUUCGGAAGCGCCUGAUGCCAAUGAAGUUUGUUGAUGAAAAUGGAGAAGAACUUGAGCAGGCUGUCAUUCCAGGUUCAGAAGUUGUCGACGAGGCUUCUGACAAGAAAAUUGGUACUGUAAACACUGCUCUUGGCUCCCGUGGAAUGGGCCUGUUGAGACUCGAAGAAGCACUGACACAAAACUCAAACAUCCGCAUUAGUAACAACAAGGAUGUGAGAGUAAAAGCGAUCAAACCAGAAUGGUGGCCAGCUGAGUGGACAUAGGUGCUUGAGCAGCAGAGUGUAGUUGCUUGAUAGCAAAAGCCCUGCACUUGAGUCAAAACUCCCGGUGAAACUGUUGGGGGGUUGGUAGCAGAAAUUCUGAAGGGUAUCUGUCAUCGGGAGUUGAAGAGCUGGCACCCGUAGCUAGCAGUUUCAGUUUAGUGUAUCAAGGCAGAGCCUGUUUUCUUCUUCUCUGCCUGCCCUUGUAGUCGAUCAGAAAUAAGAGACCCAAACAUGUACUGUAUUCCAAAAAGUUUCUCCGUUGACAGCUUGCCAGCAAUCAAUCUGAUCUUGUACUACA